AUGAGGCCUAAAUUGGUAUCAAGAGCAGAUUUGCCAAGGAAGCAGGCGUUGGUCAAGCCGGAGACUGUACUGACACCGAAGCAAGGACGGGGGGUAGGGGCUUUGGCUCCAAACCGUCGUCCAUGGAAAGCUAAGGUAGAUCGGAAUGGUACGCAGGCGAGGCUGUGGCGUCAGAUGAAUGUUAUACACGUAACAGGUGCGUUGACUAGUGUAAUGCAGAAGCAGUAUGUGGCAGCAGCUACAGCGCACUUUCAGGUAUUGAAGGAGCGUGUUGAGCGGAUGCACAAAGAGGAUGAGUUGGACCUGGUUGAGGAGCAUAUUCUGCCCCGGAUUCCAGAUGUGUUAGCGCCAAUGAACUUACCGGUGGGUGACAUAGACAUAGACCCAGGUCGGUUGAAUAAGGACUUUCAGUCGUUUGAUGAAGGACCGUUGAGGGCGUUGGGCAAAGAGAUUGGAGUGCCACAGGCUUGCGGAUACCGAAACUUACAGGUGUGUGCUGAUGCUGUGCCGCAGUACCAUAUGUACAAUCACAAGGAUAUGGAUGCUCAGGAGGUUCUGAAGGUUAAGAUCGGUGACUGUAAUCCGGGUGGUAUCUUGGAGAAGUUGACCAAGUCAUAG